GCAGGGUCCGCUAGAAAGCCUUACUGACGAGUCCUCUAGCGGAUCCAGAACGAAACGCGCACCGUCUUUCCUUUGCUCCACCCUGCCAUUAUCCAUAUGACAUCGUUAAAAUUGGCGACACGAAGCGACACACAGAAUAUGGAUGGAGAGACGAAACAAAACAUCAUAACAACACUAUAUAUAGGAGCCGCCAAAACAACAGCACGGAGCGACGCAAGGAGAAUGGAUGCAACUGUAUACCGAAGGCCGAGGCCAAACGCAUGUAGAACUCCCUUCCUAGGUGUGAUGGGUCUAUCGUCGUCGAUCCGUUGGAGACGCAUGGUAUCCAGGAGCUCUCGGAUCCUGAACCUGCAAGUCGUCUUCUGCAACAGAAAUCGAGCGGAUCGGCGAACAACACACAGAGGGAGGAUAAAACCCGGCCGCUUUCGACAUAUGUCUACGGUUCUGAGGGAACAGUUGCGUGUAUAUCCUAUCGUCCUCCUGGAGAUUCGUGGCCUCACGUUAAAUCAGCAAAGACGAAACGUGUUCUCCUGGAGACUGACGUCGAUCAUGGAACUUCACCUGCGACGAAAGCUCUCCAACUGUUGUCCCUCCCACACCUGCGCGUCUAAGGCAGGGCCUGCUAGGAUAGCCUUACUGAUGAGUUCUCUAGCAGGCCCAGGACGAAACGCUUUCCUUCCCUUUUCUUUUCCACGUCUUACAUUUUUUUCUUCCGCCCUCAGAAUCUUUAUACGAAAUAAAAAUUAUCUUCGUCAACUGCAAGAUGUAGGAUUUACAUAG